AUGGCCGACGCCUGUCCCGGUGUGAUAGUAUCGAGCAACCGCUACGCAGACGUCGAACCCUACGCCACCAACCUCUACCGUGUCGAGCCCUUGAAAUGGGGUGCCGUUUUCCCAUGGCAAUUCCCGCAGAACGCCACUCGCCAGGAAGAAGAGGCCUUCUUGAACACCCACUUCAGCCCAGACGAGAUCUACAUGCAAGGUGGCGCUCACGGUGAAGGCAAAGGCUACAGAUUCCUGAAGCAGGUCUUUUACACCGUCGCCAUCUACAACCUCGAGACGCGCGUGCCGGCUGUCGAGCAAUGGUUCUGGCAGCAGCCCGCCAACUUUGGCCUGCUGAACGACCUAUCGAUGAGGCAGUUCCUGUUUGCCGACGGUGCCGCGCCGUCCACCUUCUUCGAGGCACAUGAGAUGCGCAUGUACGGCAACGAAUUCCUCACGGUCGUGGUCCCUCGCAUCCAGGAGACCGCCCGCGUGUAUCUGGCACAGCAAGAGGUGAACAAGGACAUCAACAUCCUUGAUGUCUCUCGGAACGUCACUCAGAACAUUCACGAUACGCUGCGUUGCCAACUGGAGCGAGCUGCCCAGGCCAAGGAGGCGAACAACGAGCAAGCCUCGAAUGCACGCAUCAGCACCAAGCAGCCAGCCAUUGUGUCGUCUCAGCCGUCCGCAUCACCCAUCGUCACGUUGCCGGACCGAUCCCGAGACGUCAGUGGAGAGCAUUCUAAUAGCCAUGGUAUGCCCACCCGUCUUCCCAGGCAGGGAGGCUAUGCCAACAACAGCCGAUUCAAUGGUCGCAGCGGCCACUACGACACCCGCUCACGCAAUCCUUCGGACGACCACACCACCUACUCACACCACGUGCCCAUGGACGGUCCACAACCGAUGCCACCCCAGGGAUAUCGAGCCGGCCCAUCGGAGUUCAUGCCUGCGAUACCACAAGGACAGCAGCUAAAUGCGAUGCAACAGCAAUAUCAGAGUGCUUCUUCGCAGCACCAACCACAGCCGCAGAUGCCAUUGUACGACCCAACGGCUGCUCCAGUCCACCAGACUAUGCCGCCAAUGAACGCGUACACGCCUGGUCAGCAGACCUUCUUCUACAACACAAACGCGUCCGGCGUACCCGGCGGCGCUGUAGUGUCUGGCGGCUAUGCACAUGGCAACAAUGGCACCCGUGGUUUUGAGAACGGCUCCGGUGAUCGCGGUAAAGACCGUCGGAACAGCGCCAGCAAUCGCGGACGCGGCUACAACAGUAUGCGCGGACGAGGGAGCCGCGGAAGGAACAGCUUCGGUUCCACGGAUGCAGUGCCAUAUGGAGCUCGAGGAGAUAACUUCGCCCAGAGAGGAGGCAACGCAGCUGGCUCUUCACAGAGAGCACGGCGCCAGAGCGGAAUGUCCGACAGCUGGCGCAGUGGCAGCGAUCGUCCGCAGACUCAAGUUGGCCAGAUGCCAACGGGUGAGAACAUGCCGCCCAAUCGAGCAUUCUCUGCUUCCGACAACUUUCAGCCAGCUCCGAUGAAUCACCACGGCGGCCGUGGGAGCUUCAACCAGUUCUAUGGGCCCACGCACCACAACUACCAGGUCAUGGACUGUCGGCCGCAAGACCUUCCGGGCCCACCGCCAGGCCUGGCAUCCCUUGGCGACAGCAUGCAAGCUCAUAAGUCUAGGAACAAUCCUGGAGUACCUACCUGUGGGCAAGACUGGAUUCUGCCUGAGGACACCACUGUUAAGAAGUUGAUAGUCUUCGACAUCCCUGGGGAGAUCCCAAAGCCCAUACUCCUGGAGGCCUUCAACCAGUACGGCAAGGUAGACGCCGUGUCGCGUAGCCAGUCUAAGCCAUGGCAAGGAACACAGUACGCAAAGCCGUUCGUGUUUCUGAUCUUCCCGACGUCCCAAGCAGCUCGCGACUUCUUUUACAACAAGCCGGAGACAUGGCUGGGUGGCAUACCGUGCAAGGUCGAAGUCGCUCGAGAGUUUUACGGCCCCAACUGGCAAGACAAACCGCCUGCGUCGAUGGACCAUUCAGCGUCCUUCGCAGACAAGCGCAAAGACUCCAUCACAGUCACAGAGGAGCAAUUUACGCCGAGGAUUUUACAGCGCGGCAUCGACGAAACUUUUGCAGAAGAAGACUCGUACACGCCUGGAAGCGUCACGGAGCAGCAGACCAGCCGCACAGCUUCGAGGGAUACCACCCCGAGUCCCUCUGGCGAGAACACGCCUAAGAAGAAGAACAAGUCGAAGAGCAAGAAGGCGGCCAGCCUAAAGAAGAGCAGCAACAAUCUCCUCAAGAAGUCUGUGGCCGCUAGUGCCGACCACAAGGCUCAGAGUGAGACUGCGGCAGACAGUGACGCUGUCACAUGUGCCAAGAGUGGCGAAUCGGUGAACGUGAAGCCUGAUCACGCGGCAGAGCAAGCAGGAAAGGCAUCAGAUGUCUACAGCGACUCGACCAAUGUCACGCAGCCCAGAGUCCAGCCUCGGCCUGAGCAUGCGCUCAGCAUGGAUGAAAACGAGACGCCGCAACUUCCACAGGAUCCUCAGUGGGAGUCUGCAAGCCACAAGACAGCAGCCGACGGCUCGCAGACGAUUCCAGUGACUUUGGAGGGCGCUCUGUCCCCCGGCAGCGUUGAGCAGCUGAAGGCAGACAAGCCGCAGAUGGAGGAGGACAAGGUGAAUAUUGCUGCACCUGCUCUGCCCACCUCAGGUGACAAGCAGCAGCUGAUCUCAGGCGCUGCCACUGUACAUUCACGUCUGCCGCAAGGACCCCCGCCCGAAGAACAGACUUUUCGUGAAGACGACAAGACGCAGACAACGACGCAGGCCACCGAAGAGAAGCCUGGACAGCACCUGAACAACGACGGCACCAUGAUGCCGCAGCUGCCUCACAGCAGCACAGCUCACGACGAAAACAAGACUCUUGAGGGCAGCGACCAGCCUGCCAGCAGCCCUUCGCCAAUUGAGUCGGGUGCUACUGUUGCUCUCGGCACCCGAGACCACCCAGUCGGCAUGACAAGCGCCGAGACUACAAGCGACAGCGGACCUGGGAGUAUGUUGAAGACCAUCGAUGAGGCAAAGGGAGAGGAGGAGCCGACGGCAGGAGAUAAGGUUGGCUCCGAAGCUACCAGCGCAACUAAGGUCAACACGAGACCUUCUUCUCCUACGAAGCCCACCAUCACCAUCUCGACUGAUGCUGGCGCUACUCAUGAUGAUCAGCAGAAGUCGGACAAGCAGUCUACGUCAGGAUCGACGAUUGGUCCGAACACGCCAGCCUUUUUCACAGCUCCGAACACCCCUGCUGUGGGCCACGACGCCUCCUCCUCAGACGCUGGAGGGACUGACAUCUCGAGGGUUUCUUCGCAAGACAAGAAGGCUGAGAAGCCGAAAGGUCCUGCUCAGACGGAGUCGCUCAGCCUGUUCGGCAAGAAGAAGGAGAAGAAGCCGAAGGCUCCGAAGAAGGGCACUCUCAAGGGCAAGCCUAGCAGCAUCAGCCAGCACUCAACAGGUGUGACCGAAGCCGUUUCGGACCGUGCAGUGAGCGGCAGCAGCACGCCCGCUCUUCCGGCCAGAGAGACUGCCAAAGCCGUGGCAGAUGGCAAUCAGAGUGCUGCGGAGAAAGUUGAGCCUGCCGUUCCUACCAAAGCCACAAAAGCCACGAAAGCGUCGAAGUCGGAUGAGAUCAAAGUGCCGAAGGCUACAGACGCUCCCGGAAGUAGCGCGCAUGCUUCGGUUGAGGAGACACCCAGCAAGCGGAAGGGCAACAAGAUUGGCAACAUCUUCUCUAGCUUCUUCGGUGGAGGUGCGCAAUCGCAAGCCCCAGCACAAGACGUCACAUCCAUUCAAAGCACUGCGCCGAACGCUUCGCUGACAGAUGUGACUGAUCAGGCUCACCCACCAAGGAGCGAGACAAGGCAGUCUGAGGAUGUCCCGCCUGCCUCUACUGGAGGUGACGAGGAGGAGGCUCGUGGCACGGGUCAAUCUGAGGAAGAGGUUGAAGCAGCAUCUGAUCCUACGAGGCUCUCCAGUCCGACAGCAAACACAGCCAACUACGUCCUUGUUGGUGGCAGUGAUGCGCAGGACGACAGCGCUGAAGUCGGCCUCGGGAUCUCUCACACUAGUGCCCAUUCUCAAGAGACCGACUCACCGAAGUCCAAGAAGAAGAAGAAGAAGAAGCCAAAGAAGACGCAGCACACUGCUGCCACGGACAGUGCGCAAGGCAGCACGAAGGAACCCGAGGUCUCAGGCCCGGCGGAUGAAGCCACGGCAACAAUGUUUCGAUUCGUUAGCAAUGAGGCGACAUCAAUGACCCCUACAGACGACGCCUCGCAGGUCUCGGACAGCACGCUUGCGCAGGACACACCACCUUCUGCAAGCAAAUCGCCCGCCGCCUCCGCCUUAGCACGAGUUCGGGCGCUCGCGAAUAGCAGCAACGGGCACCUUGUGCAGUCGAAGCAGCCAGCCUGGAAGAACAAGAAGCGCGUUCCAAGGCCAUCUGAGGCAGUCGUUGAGGAAGAAGACGAGGAGGAGCGUCACGUCUUGACCGUCAUCCAGCAAGGUUCAGACACCAGCGAAGAAGUGUCGACCAAUGGUGACGCUACGCCGUCUUCGGAGGGCGGUACGAAAGGACAGAAGCUACUGCUCUACAUCGGCCCCGGAAGGCGGAGGGACAUGAAGGACGGGGAUGGGGAGCUUCCGACGACGAAGGACGGGUUGAGACCGUUGGCGGAGGAGGAGCUCAAGCGGGAAUUUGGAGACGCGUCGACUUCGGUGCAGACAAGCGGCUAG